UAAUAAAAGAAAAAAAACAGAAGUACAUUACAAAAGGAUAAGGAGCUAGCGUAGCAGUCGCGUCGUCUCUUCAUCAAAGAGUCCUGGAGACCGCCGCCGUCUUCCGCCGUGGUCCUAUAACCCCUACACUCUUAUCCUAUUUUCGAUCUCACCCCAACCCUAGCUACCUAUCCUCAUUAAGGUCUUGAAUGAUGCAGAGAUCAAUUAAUUGAAGAAUUAAUCGGCGGCGGCGCCGGAGAUUCAAAAUGGCGGCGGAGGAUAAUAACCACGGCCACCGGAAUCAUCAACCGCCGCCGCGGAUGUGCCCGCGGUGUGAUUCUUCCGACACCAAAUUUUGUUACUACAACAACUACAGCCUUUCUCAGCCGCGGUACUAUUGCAGGGCCUGCCGGCGGUACUGGACUCACGGCGGCACGUUGAGGAACGUCCCCGUCGGCGGCGGCUGCCGCAAGACAAGUCGCCGGAAGGGCCCCGGCAGCGGAAAUCAUCAGCUGCCGGCGGCGCUUCCGACCGGAGAUCUGAUGGCUGUAACUUCCCGUCAAGCAAUUAGGGGUUCGCCGGCGAUGAUUCCGGCGACGAGCAAUCCUUUCUGCGGUGGAGGCCCGUUAUUAAAUUCCAUGGCUGCCGUACAGUCCGUUUCCGGCAAUCAAGGGGCGGCGCUGAAUCCGAUCGCCGGCGGGGGUCAAUUUGAGGUGAGUGCAAAUUUUCUGCCUUCGAUGGGUGUUCAGCCGUCGCAGCAGCGGUGGUUAAUUCCGGCGGCGGCGCAAAUGUGGAAUCGGCGGUUGAUCAACACCGGCGGGAGUGGUUCAGGUUAUUUCGCCGGCGGCCGCCCCAAUUUUUGGAGCUGCGCCGCCGACGGCGGCGAUCCGGCGGGCCCUUCUUCCUCGUCGGUUUCAAAUCAAUGGCGCGGUAAUCAUUCAGGGUUUUAAUAUAUAAUUAAUUUAAUUAUCAGUGUUAUCUUUAUAGACUCUGAAUUUUUGAUAAUUGUCUUUUUUGUGUUAUUUUAUUUUAUUUUUUUUUAGAUAUUUACUGGAAUAUUUGGUUUUAUGGAGUUGGAUCUGAUUUAUUUUUCUUACAUGGAAUCGAUGG